AUGGUUGUUCAGUUAGUCCUAUUGUUAGUGCUGCUUACACAUCAACAAUUUUUAGGAAGUGCUUUUAGAAGUCCACCUUCACUCCUUCCCGGAUGGAAAACCAACACCAACCAAAACCCAAUUGUAGAAGAAAGCAACGCAACCUGGAUCGUUGAAGAAAACAGUGAAAGUAAUGGCGGCGGAUCAGAUGGGCAAUGGGGACAAGGAGGAGUCGUACAGACUUCAGACAACGGUGGCGGAUCAGAUGGGCAAUGGGGACAAGGAGGAGUCGUACAGAGUGAUGGCGGCGGAUCAGAUGAGCAAUGGGGACAAGGAGGAGUCGUACAGAGUGAUGGCGGCGGAUCAGAUGAGCAAUGGGGACAAGGAGGAGUCGUACAAAAUGAUGGUGAUGGUGAUGGUGAUGGAUCAGGAGUCCCAGACAGAGGAUCUCCACUUAAUGGUAACGGUGGUGAUUCAGAAGUCGUAAAAGAAAUUCUUGCAUUAGUCGACGAAGCAUUGCAGGACCAAGAACCACACGUUGAUACGCGGACAAUCGUCGUAAGCAAUCCGUUCCUUUCUCGCGAAAUGGCAUUACAAGAUCUUGAACGAACUAUGCAAGAAAUUACUUCCUUCAACCUAUGUUUUGAAAAUACCUUGAAUGAAGCUGUGAGGGACGAGUUGCAAGAGAACGGUUACAAUGUCGCCUCUACGACAAAUUACUUGAUUGUUUCGGGCUGGCACGAUCCAAUUAAAUGUAAUGCUGUUUUCAAUUUAAACAAAGUAAAACAGAAACGACGCCAAGUGGUACCGGACGGCUAUACAUGUUUGGAACAGAAUGGAAAAAUUGUGGGAAUAUGCGCAAUAUCUUGCUUCAGGGGUCGACGAUGUCCAGAAAUCUGCUCCCCAAACAAAGUUGUAGAUAUCCCUCAAAAAUUCCGCAAUUAUCGACUUACAAUUCGGUUUGUUAACGGAAUGGAAUCGAUCUCCGACGAGAAAUGGACGGAAAUUCUUAGUAGAGUGCAAAUCGCUUUGAAACAGGACAAAAAUAUGAAAACAUUUGAAAAGUUCUCAUCAAUGUUAGAAGGCAAUCCGUUCAUCAUUGAGUAA